AUGAGUCGGCAGCGCCAACAGACUACAAUUCAGCCGACAGAGCACAGUCAAAAGACGCACCUGCAAAACUAUAAUGCUUUCGACACGGAUGCAGAAAAUGCCGAUGACACGACCGUCACGAACUUUUCGGAUAACUUUGCUCAUGGCAACUUGAGACAGCAAAAUUCAUAUGCUACACAGGCCUACCAUGUCGAGGAUGAUCAAGGCAGCUUCAAUGGCAAUGAGUCCCAGUUCGCAGACGGAGAAUCAGAAGAUGGCCAAGAAUCCGGCAUGAGUGCCCGAGAAUUUCACAUGCUUCAUGCAGCACAGAACAAAGCAGGGGUUUCCACUCUACCACAAAAUAUCUUCCCACCGCCACAAUCGUACCCCAGCACAUCUGUUCCCGAUGACGAUGAUAAUGACGAUGAGGGGGAGCAGGAACAGGAGGAGGAAGGGGCUUUCGAAGGUGGCUACGAUGACGAUGACCAGUACGAACAACAGAACCCUGAACUCAGCCAGCGUGUGCCAUACCCGACGCCUCAAGAACAAGUUCAGCGGCCCCAUGCCUAUGCUGCACUAGAUCCUUUUCACCAAUUACGCCAAGCAGCGCCAAAGAAGGUUAUGUCCGAUACUAGUCUCCCGGUUCGCAUCGGAGGUGUUCAGUCUGAGAUUACCAGACCUCUUAGUGCCAAACCAGUCCAAGAAGCAAACCAGCAACAGCAUCAUCGCACACAACCACCUCCGUCUACCCAACCUCAACGGAAGGGCACGCAACCUGCUAGCUAUGCUCGCAGACCUUCCACAGCUUCUGAUGCCGAAACUAUCAACGAGCGCAACUUCUUCGGAAGCCGCCCUCCCACCGCCCAGCAAUAUCCAAUCUCACCGUCCAAUGAAAGCUUCGAACCUCCUUUGGACUACGACAAUGAGGAACUCUUCAAAAUGGACUUUUCAAAGCUUGACCAGGAAGACUUCGACCACAACCCUCGUGCCGAUCUCACCAAGCAACCCCUCUCGCACCUCGCCGACUCGCCACUCGAAGACCGACUAGGAGCCGCCUUCCGCGAACUCCGCCCAGAAGACCAGUCCAAUUUCUUCGCCUCCCUUAGUAUGAGGGAGUGGGACGAUGCCGGCGGCUGGUUUCUCACGCAGUUCGGCGACUUGCUCAGCCGGUUCAAGAACGCCCGCCAGAUACGGCGCAACAUUGCGCAAGAAUUCGAAGACGAAAUUCGCAAGCGCAACGACGCCGUCAGCCGGAAGCGUCAGUGCGUUGAGAAAGAGAUUACCAGGAUCAAGGGCCAGGGCCAGAAAUUAUUGCCGGAUACGCCGUCGAGGCGGAGGGCGGCUACGCCUGCGUUUACGCCGAGGCGCUAA